AUAAUGAGAAAAAUAGAAUGAAUUAGCUAAGUUCCUCAAAUUGGUCCUUUCAACCAUACAGAGAACCUUUUGAUGUGAGAUAUGUUUUGAAGCAAAAUAUAGUUACAGGUUAAACACUUCACCCACAAAAAAUCUGCAAAAUAAAAAGUCAGAAUUAUAUUAUUUUGUAAUCCUACUUCCAAAGGUUAAAUAAUCACAGAUUUAACAAAUUACCUCUAAUAUGAUGAUGUUAAACUGUCUUCUUAAUGAGGCUUCAAUUUGUCACUGUUAAUAGAAUCAGCCAGGAAUUCACUCCAUUUGAACAUGAAAAAAAAAGUCUACCUGUAAGGACAGUUCAGAUGUGAACUGAAUCAUGCUUCAAUAGAAUUGCAUGAAUGGGACAAGUAGACUGUUUCCUAGAUUUUUUUUAAAAAAGCAAAUAUUAACUAAAAUACAGGGAAUACUAACAAAUAUUAACUAAAAUAGGCCAGGGAAUACAAUAAAUGCUUUUGUCCAAAUGAGAAAACUCUUAUCAUGUCUAUGAUUAAAUGUUCAUGUCCAUUUUGCACACUAGGAAACAGGGUCUUUUCUUUUUCUAUCCCUAGGACUUUGUGGCAUGCUGAGCACAUAGAAGAUAACCUAUACAUGAUAGAAAAUAAAUAUUUGAGUGAGUGUUGCCAAUGUUUUGGCUCCUUGAAACAGACUUUAGAUAAAGAUUUAAGAUAAAAGUAAACAAUAAGGCAUCUUUAAAGCAGUAAAGAUUCUGUAAUUUGCAAAAAUAAUGUACUGAUUUUUUAUCAUUGUGGCCAUCCUUUCCUCUUCCCACUACUAUCCUUCCAGUUACUAAAUCUGUUAUUCAGCCUUUGUCUGUGUCUCUACAUCUAUGCUGCUACUUUGAGUCCAAGCCACUAUCUUCUUUUGCCUAAGCUCAUUCUCUUGUUAUCCUCCCUCUCCAAUACAUUUUCCCCAUAAAGCAACCAAAGUGAACAUUUUGAAACACAUUUGUCACUUCCCUGGCUUAGAACCCUACAGUGUUUCUCUUGUCCCUGGGACAUCAUCCAAAAUCCUUAGUCUCUACAAGAGUAGGGCCAUCUCUAUUUUCUUCUCCAGUAUAUGUUCACUCUCAGUAUUUGCCUAGCACAUAGUAGGUUCUUACCAGAAGAUGGGACCGUAUUAGGCUAACAAUAUGAGUUUACACUGUUUUCUUAGUGUUGGAUCUUUAGGUGUGGGAUAGGCAUUUAAUGUGGGAAGUGGGUGGGAAUGGUUUGCUCCUACUUCCCACAGAAUGCCAUAUUGGGUAGUGUUGAACCAUCCGACAGAAUGCCAUAUUGGGUAGUGUUGAACCAUGCAUGAAAACUGGCAACUGGCCCAGGUACAUGCACUAAUACAUGAAUUAUUUUUUGCCUUUGCCUUACAGCUAGAAAAAAAAAAUUACAUGGCUGGGUAGAUUUUCAGUCUAUCCAGAACUAAGGAAGAAACCCAAGGCUUUAAAAAAUUCUUACCAGUUUAUUUAUUGCUUUACAGCUUAUUCAAAUUGUUACGUAUCUUGACUCAUUGCUUAGCUUUUUGGCCAAUAGGAUUUCAGGAUGCAGUGCACCAAUAUAAACUCUUGGAUUGGUUUAACUGCCUCUGAUGUCACAAUUUCCCCAUUUGGAUGUCAUAAUUUUCAUGAAAUCACAUGGUACCAAUCACAAGUCUUGUUAUUUUGUUUCAUUAUGAGAAAGAUAAUCUACCAAAUAUAAAAAUGCUGGAAGGAGCAAGAUAGCUUUGAUCCAGGGAGACCUUUUCCAUUUAUGUGCUUUAGUAAUCUGCUGCCAACAAGCUGUCUUCUUUAUGUUCUUUUACAACUGGUGUUGUUUUGUUUUCUCAUGUUUGUCUCUUAAUAGACAAAUGGAGGCAUGAGCUUCCUUAGAAUUACUCCUUCGACACAUAGUUCUGUUUCAUCUGGACUUUUGAGGCUUAGUAUCUUUCUACUGCUUAGCUUUCCUGACUCAAAUGGAAAAGCCAUUUGGACAGCUCACCUUAAUAUAACAUUUCAGGUUGGAAAUAAGAUCAUAUCAGAAUUAGGAGAGAGUGGAGUGUUCGGGAAUCAUUCUCCCCUGGAAAGGGUGUCUGGUGUGGUGGCACUUCCUGAAGGAUGGAAUCAGAAUGCCUGUAAUCCUUUGACCAAUUUCAGCAGGCCCGAACAGGCAGACUCUUGGCUGGCCCUCAUCGAACGUGGAGGCUGUACUUUUACACAUAAAAUCAACGUGGCAGCAGAGAAGGGAGCAAAUGGGGUGAUCAUUUACAACUAUCAAGGUACGGGCAAUAAAGUAUUUCCCAUGUCUCACCAGGGGACGGAAAAUAUAGUUGCGGUGAUGAUAGGCAACCUGAAAGGCAUGGAAAUUUUGCACUUGAUUCAGAAAGGAGUCUAUGUGACAGUCAUCAUUGAAGUGGGGAGAAUGCACAUGCCAUGGGUGAGCCAUUACAUCAUGUCUCUAUUUACCUUCCUGGCUGCCACAAUUGCCUACCUUUACUUACAUUGUGUCUGGAGACCUAGAGUGCCCAAUUCUUCCACCAGGAGGCGAAGUCAAAUAAAGGCAGAUGUGAAGAAAGCUAUUGACCAGCUUCAACUGCGAGUUCUCAAAGAAGGGGAUGAGGAAUUAGACACAGAUGAAGACAACUGUGUUGUUUGCUUUGACACAUACAAACCCCAAGAUGUAGUACGCAUUUUAACUUGCAAACAUUUUUUCCAUAAGGCAUGCAUUGACCCCUGGCUUUUAGCCCAUAGGACAUGUCCCAUGUGCAAGUGUGACAUCCUGAAAAGUUAAGAAAUCUGGAGAAUUUUCUGAAGAUGUAACCAGAUCUUUCCAAAUACAAAGAUUAGAUAAAUUCUCUUAUUGUACUUUAUGUAGAGAGAAAAUUUCAGCUUCUCUACCCAAGUACGAACAUGGGUGAAAUUUGUGUUUUAAAAAUAAACUCCUUAUCAUGCCCAGCUA